AUGACCUGUAACACAGUUAACAGUUAUGUAAUUUCUACUCUACAGUAUGAAGUUCAUACUUCUGCUAGCAAAGAGAACAUGGGGAUAAAAGAAUACAGGCAAAAAACUCCUUUUGAAAGGUUGAACACUGAAAUCUACCUUUACAGAGAUAUUGAAUGCACAGAGAAAGAAAUUAUUAGAAAAACUAAGCAGACUCUGAAGGCAUAUGAAAGGAGCACCAUUUCAUCAAGAGCCCGGUGUCGAAAAGCUUUGCGAAAACUAGAAGAAGUCACCGAACAAGAAACAACAGAAACAAUGGGGAAAGAUCUUCCUGCUCUGAAUUGGGCUCUUGCUUUUGCAAAGUGUUGUCAAAGUGACAAACAGUCUAUAGCAGAUUACAUCAGUGAAGAGAAGGAGCUAUUUCUAUUGGAGUACUCUGUUAAAAUAAAACAGCGCACCAUGGAAAAGCUGGAGAAGAUGGCAGCAAAGGAGGAGAGGAGGGCCAGAAUUGCUGAAAUAAAAUUAGAUGACGAUACCCUUGCAUUUGAGGAUUUUCUCAGACAAAAUGAUAGGAGCUCUGUAGAAGCCCUUAAAUUGGCAACUCAAGAGGCAAAAUACAAAAUGGAAGUAACAACAGAACUGAGGAUAGCAAUGAAUGAACUGUUCUCCCUUAAAAGUGAAAUUGCAAACACUGAAGAUCUUUUGAAGCUGUAUUUAUCCUAUGAAGCCUUUUUGUUUAGUAUUUCUCCCAAAGCAUGGCAAGAGCAGCAGAUGGCAAAGAGGAAGAAAGACCGGAAAAGAAGCCCAUCAAAAUCCCUUAUUUCUUUUCCAGCAGCUGCUGAUAAAGCCAAACUAAUCUCACUCUCCAUUGUAUUACAAAAUAAAGCGAACAAAAUGGCACAUCCUAAAGGGCAGCCAGCCAAGAAAGGGAUAGUAGAGAAAUCAGUCUCAAUCGCCUUAGGCAAGCCUGAGGAAAAGACACAAGUUUCAAGUAAUGAAGGAGACUACAGGUUCUUUAGAAAGACAUCACAAGGAGCAAUGGACCCAAAAUUAUUCAUAGAUGAUACAUAUGUAUCAUCAGAAAGUGGCCUAAGUGAAAACAGCUUCUCUCUAUCAUCAGAAGACACUUUUAACUUGGAUGAUAUCCAGAAUUGUGACAAAGAGACAGAGAUAUAUUUUAAAGACACAGAAGAGUUACUUCAAAUGUUCAGAUAUCUUGAAGAGCAAAAUCUUUCAUUAUUCCAAAACAUUCAAGAUAUUAGUGGCACAUUGGAGGAAAGCCAGCAGAGAGAAAAAAUAGUUAAGCAGCAUAUGGAACAAAAGGUAAAGUACCUUAGAGACAAAAAAGAAGCUCUAAUAGCUGCUUGCCUCAAAGAAGAUGGGAAAAGUGCUGAACUGGCAUUAAAAGCUAAAAUGUUUUCUUCAGGAGAAUAUAAUCCAGCAUCCAUGAAUAAAAUACUGGAUGCACUUAAUAAAAAAGUAGCAGAAGUAUACACCGUUUGCUGUGGGACACAUGAAGUAUCCAGCAUGACCUCAUUUCAAAUGUUAAAAAAAAUAGAAAUGCGGGUUGCAGAACUCUGUGAGAUGUUUGAAAUACUUCCAAAAGAGUAUCUUGAGAUCAUUGAAGUCACUGAAAAGCUUAGAGCAAAAGAAAGGCGACAAAGGAUACGUGAAGACAAAUUGAAAGAACUCAGAAGAAUUCAGGAAGAACGGCUGAAGCUUGCUCUUGAGAGAGCAAUUGCAGAACCAAAGAAAAGGAUGGGAAGAAAACUAGUGUACCGCUCACAGCCUCCAACGACUAAGCACGAAGCAGAACAAGCUACAGAUGCAACUACAAGAAGUGAAGAUGAUUACUAUUUUACUUGA